AUGUGCUGCAAGAUCGUCGCCGUCCUCGCGAUGGCGCUCCUGGUAAUCGGCGCGGCUGAGGGCCAGGUCCUGCCGACCCCCUGCUGCCGCUUCGACUGCUGCGACGGCAUUCGGUGCUGCGUUGCCAGCCCUGGGAUGGCCGUGGACGCGGUCACCCCGUCCCCGUCGCCCGCUGUUGCCUUCGCCAGCAACGACGCCAAGGCUCCUCGGCCUGGUGGUGCGUCUCGCAAGAUCGGCGCUGGAAAAUAG